GUCCGCGUCUCUCCUAUCCAAUCCUCCCCGUCUCCUUCUCUCUCCCCUUCCCCGCGGCGGGCGCGCUCGUGGCAAGACAACCCCGCCACCGCCUGGAUGCAGGCGAUGGCCGCAGCCUUCCUCGCCCGCCCCUCUCUCCCGCGGCCCCUCCGUUUUGUUGAAUUCAGCAUCGGCUGCAGGGUCACGGAUGGGGCGUUGGUGCGUGGCGGCAUCGUCGCGCUCCCGCCGCGGCUGUGGGGCCCGCGGUGCUCCAUGAGCCUCUCCAUCGGGGCCGGCGCCGGCGCCGGCGCCGGAGGAGACCGCGGGUUCAGCUACGAGCAUGUUCCGGUGUUCCCAAGAUACCGUAUGCGGGAUCCCUACAAACUUCUUGGCAUAUAUCAUUAUGCAUCUGAAGAAGAGAUCCGGGGUGCGAGGAAUUUCCUUAUUCAACAGUAUGCUGGGCAUGAACCAAGUGAAGAAGCUAUUGAGGGUGCUUACGAGAAGAUAAUCAUGAAGAGCUACCAGCAACGGAGGAAAACAAAAAUUAAUCUGAAAACCAAGUUAAAAAGGCGAGUAGAGGACUCCCCGUCAUGGUUUAAGGCACUACUUGGUUACUUUGAGGUGCCAUCAAUGGAUAUUAUUUCUAGAAGAUUGUUCUUUUUUGCUUUCAUUGCUGGAUGGAGUAUGGCGACUUCUGCAGAGAAUGGACCGGCAUUUCAGCUCGCAAUAUCGCUCUUCUCGUGCAUCUAUUUCCUCAACGACAAGAUGAAGAAUCUCCUCAGGGCAUCAACAACUGGGUUUGGAGUGCUUGUUGGUGGCUGGAUUAUUGGUUCUCUACUGGUCCCACUGAUCCCAACAUUUCUCAUCCCACCUACAUGGUCCCUUGAGCUUCUCACCUCUCUGGUAGCAUAUGUUUUCUUGUUCCUGGGAUGCACUUUCCUCAAAUGACACUAUUUUGGUCUUGUAACCAGACACUGUAGAAUCCUUUGGAAUUUUUUUGUGAUUACUGACCUCCAUAUCCCAGUUUCAG